GAGCAAAAGGGGGUAGAAACCUAGAAAAAGGUGAAUAAUUCUCCACUCUUCAUUUUGAUGCCAGGAUAGAGAAAACAGUCAUGACAACCGAGGAGGAGGGUCCCUCACCGUUGGGCACAUCCUCCCCUGGACCAAAUGCCCGCGCAGGUCUUUCCCCUGGAUGGGAAAUGGCUAUUGCUGAGGAGAGAGGACCCGUGGAACCGGAGGAAAUAGGGCCCGUGGUGCAGGAGGAGGAAGUUGAAGAUGACACUAACAGUGAGAUCAGUGCUAUGGUGAUGCCGUAUCCAGAGCUGGCAUCUGUUGUUUUCUUCUGCCUGAAACAGACAACAUUUCCACGCAGCUGGUGCAUCCACAUGGUGUCCAGUCCAUGGUUCGAGCGGGUGAGUAUGAUGGUGAUCCUGCUGAACUGUGUGACUCUGGGAAUGUACCAACCAUGCGAGAACAUCGACUGUUCCUCACAACGCUGUCAGAUCCUGCAGGCGUUCGAUGCACUUAUUUACAUCUUUUUUGCUGUGGAGAUGGUGGUGAAGAUGGUGGCCCUGGGCAUCUUUGGUCGCCGCUGUUAUCUAGGUGACACCUGGAACAGGCUGGACUUCUUUAUCGUCAUGGCCGGGGUUGUGGAAUAUUCUCUGGAUCUUCAGAACAUCAAUUUGACUGCCAUCAGGACAGUCCGAGUUCUGCGACCUCUUAAAGCCAUCAACAGAGUUCCAAGUAUGAGGAUUUUGGUAAACCUUCUCCUGGACACCUUGCCCAUGCUGGGAAAUGUGCUCCUGCUCUGCUUCUUUGUCUUCUUCAUUUUCGGCAUCAUCGGCGUGCAGCUGUGGGCAGGACUGCUGCGCAACCGCUGCUACCCGGAUGAGAAUUUCACCCUAUCCACAGGCAUGUCACUACCUAAUGCAUACUACGCUCUUAAUGAAGAAGACGAGAGACCCUUCAUCUGCUCGUUGCCUCAGGAUAACGGAAUCAUGUCAUGCAGCGAUGUUCCAGCGCGGCGUGAGGGCGGACGUGAAUGCUGUCUGGAUGUGGAGGAUGCCGUGCACCUCCAGGCUAUAGGUCUGCCAGCUGAGUCCCUUCUCAAUGCCAGCUCCGGUAUCGUGCCGGGCCUCUGCGUCAACUGGAACCGCUACUACACCCAGUGCCGCACAGGCUCCACCAACCCACACAAGGGUGCCAUUAACUUUGACAAUAUUGGAUAUGCCUGGAUCGUCAUCUUUCAGGUCAUAACUCUGGAGGGCUGGGUGGAGAUCAUGUAUUAUGUAAUGGAUGCUCACUCCUUUUACAACUUUAUCUACUUUAUCCUGCUCAUCAUAGUGGGUUCGUUCUUCAUGAUUAAUCUGUGUUUGGUGGUCAUUGCCACUCAGUUCUCUGAGACUAAACAGCGUGAGCAUCAGCUGAUGCAGGAGCAGCGCGCCCGCUGUCUCUCCUCCAGCACACUGGCAUCACUGGCAGAGCCGGGAGACUGUUAUGAAGAACUGUUCCAGCUGGCCUGUCACUUGCUACGCAAAGCCCGCCGCCAUACUGCUGCUUUCUUCAGGGCCCUGAUACCUCGUCCAAGACAGACCAUGCGCAACCAGACACAAGCAAAUGUCAAUGGAAGAGGAGAGAGAAACCAAAGGCACCAUCCAGGUAAAAGAGCAUCCCACUGUCCACACCACAUGAAGUUUGGCCAUGUUGAAGGCUCGGCCACUCUAACCUCAUCACCUGCCACUGAGGAAUGUCUUCACUGUGUGAUGGCCCAGCCACUGAGUGAUGGGGAGGGGCCUGUGGGCACAGCAUCCAAUCAGGAUACAGAAGAGGGUUCAGCGGAAGAUAAAGAUAAACAAGCUGGCCAAUCGUGUGGGCAAAAACAGGAGAAGGAAUGUAAAGGGAAGUGUAAUGAGCUGUGGAAGGAGAUAAGGAUUAAACUGUGGGGAAUUGUAGAGAGCAAAUACUUCAACCGGGGUAUCAUGAUUGCCAUUCUGAUUAAUACUAUCAGCAUGGGCAUCGAGCAUCAUGAACAGCCAGACGAACUGACAAAUGUGCUGGAGAUCUGCAACAUCGUCUUCACCAGCAUGUUCGCUCUGGAGAUGAUCCUCAAGCUGACGGCCUUUGGGUGUUUCAACUACCUGCACAACCCCUACAACAUCUUUGAUGGCAUUAUUGUUAUUAUUAGCGUUUGUGAGAUUGUGGGUCAGUCAGACGGUGGUCUCAGUGUCCUGAGGACCUUCAGGUUGCUACGGGUUCUAAAGCUGGUCCGCUUCAUGCCUGCAUUACGCAGACAGUUGGUGGUCCUGAUGAAGACCAUGGACAACGUAGCUACAUUCUGCAUGCUGCUUAUGCUCUUCAUCUUCAUCUUCAGUAUACUAGGGAUGCACAUAUUUGGCUGUAAGUUCAGCAUAAAAACAGAAGCUGGGGACACGGUACCAGACAGGAAGAACUUUGACUCCCUGCUGUGGGCCAUUGUUACAGUGUUUCAGAUCCUGACACAGGAGGACUGGAACGUGGUGCUGUAUAACGGCAUGGCUUCCACCACUCCUCUAGCAGCUCUUUAUUUCGUGGCUCUCAUGACAUUUGGGAACUAUGUGCUGUUUAAUCUGUUGGUGGCCAUCCUGGUGGAGGGAUUUCAGGCAGAGGGUGAUGCUAACCGCUCUUACUCAGAUGAUGAGGUCUCCUCAAACUAUGAGGAGAGUAUAAAACAUAAGGACUCGCUCCAGCUUUCUGAUCCUAAACUUUGUGCUUUGACCCCGAACGGACACUUGGAGAUGAGCAAUGUGGGAGGAGGAAGAAUCAAUUUGGAGGAGGAAUCCAAGAAGAGCAGCUUCACAAGUCUGAGCAAGAGCAGCCUGGAGCAACGCUCAUUCUCACUGCGUCAUGGCCGCAACUCUCUUUACCGUCACUGGGGACGACCCCACCCUCAGUCAGCAUGGAGUCGCCGCUCUAGCUGGAACAGUGUAGGACGUACCACACGCGGACUAAACGUAGGAGGAAGCCUGCGUGUCCGUGGCCCCUACUCCCACCCGGCAGAGCGUGAGUCUCUUCUGUCUCCUCGUCCUCCACUGUCCCAUCAACCUCCUCUUCUGUCCCGGCGAUACUCUCUUCGGCACGAUCGUCGUGCUCUGUCGCUCGAGCUCCCUGAGCGUCUCCAGCUCCCUGUACCCCCAACUCAGCGCCCCCCUCUGACCAGAAAGAAGAGUGUAUGUGGCGAACAGCAUCACGACUGUAAUGGGAAAGCACCAUCGCGUCAGACAGCCAUUCUGAGUGAGGUCUAUCCCCAACUUAGCGCCCGCAAGGACAAACCACACCUUGAUGAGGAGACAGACUAUAGCCUGUGUUUUAGAAUCCAGAAGAUGAUUGAGGUGUAUCGCCCGGAUUUGUGUGAGACAAGGGAAGACUGGUCUGUCUAUUUGUUUUCCCCUGAGAAUAAAUUUAGGUUAACGUGUCAGAAGAUCAUUGCUCAUAAGCUGUUUGAUUAUGUGGUGUUGGCCUUCAUCUUUCUAAACUGCAUCACUGUGGCUCUGGAAAGACCCAGAAUUCAUCAGGGCAGCCUGGAGCGAGUCUUCCUCACCAUCUCCAACUACAUCUUUACUGCUAUAUUUGUAGCCGAGAUGACAGUCAAGGUGGUAUCAAUGGGCUUGUAUUGGGGCGAUCGGGCUUACCUGCGCAGCAGCUGGAACAUUCUGGAUGGUUUCCUGGUCUUCGUGUCUCUGAUUGACAUUGUGGUAUCGAUGGCUGGAGGCGCCAAGAUCCUGGGUGUACUGCGUGUCCUUCGACUGCUUAGAACACUUCGGCCUCUCAGGGUGAUCAGUCGAGCUCCAGGGCUGAAGCUGGUGGUGGAGACUCUGAUCACAUCUCUGAAGCCCAUUGGAAACAUUGUGCUCAUCUGCUGUGCUUUCUUCAUCAUAUUUGGAAUCCUGGGUGUGCAGCUAUUCAAAGGCAAGUUUUAUUACUGUGUUGGCCUGGAUGUGAAAAAUAUCACCAAUAAGUCUGACUGUCUGUUGGCGAAAUAUAAAUGGGUUCAUCACAAAUACAACUUCGACAAUCUAGGACAGGCACUAAUGUCUCUGUUUGUGUUGGCAUCUAAAGAUGGCUGGGUCAAUAUUAUGUACCACGGGCUUGACGCAGUGGGAAUAGACCAACAGCCGGUGAUAAACAACAACCCGUGGAUGCUGCUGUACUUCAUCUCAUUCCUUCUCAUCGUCAGUUUCUUUGUGCUGAACAUGUUUGUGGGUGUGGUGGUGGAGAACUUCCACAAGUGCCGGCAACACCAGGAGGUGGAGGAGGCCAAGAGGAGGGAGGAGAAGAGACUCCGUCGGAUGGAAAAGAAGAGACGCAAGGCUCAGAAGUUGCCAUACUAUGCUGGAUAUGGUCACGUCCGUUUGAUGAUCCACUCCUUCUGCACCAGUCAUUACCUAGACCUCUUCAUCACCCUCAUUAUCUGCAUCAAUGUCAUCACCAUGUCACUGGAGCACUACGACCAACCGAAGUCUCUGGAAACAGCUCUGAAAUACUGUAAUUACUUCUUCAGCUCCACCUUCGUGGUUGAGGCCACACUCAAGCUCAUUGCCUUUGGCUUUCGGCGCUUUUUCAAAGACAGGUGGAACCAAUUGGACCUGGCUAUUGUGCUUUUGUCUGUGAUGGGCAUCACUCUGGAGGAAAUUGAGAUUAAUGCUUCUCUUCCUAUUAACCCCACCAUCAUCCGGAUCAUGCGAGUGCUGCGGAUCGCCCGUGUGCUAAAGCUUUUGAAGAUGGCCACAGGGAUGCGGGCUUUGCUGGACACUGUAGUUCAAGCUCUACCUCAGGUGGGGAAUCUAGGCCUGCUGUUUAUGCUGCUGUUUUUUAUCUAUGCUGCUUUGGGUGUAGAGUUGUUCGGGGAACUGGUGUGCAAUGCUGACUAUCCAUGUGAGGGCAUGAGUCGACAUGCCACCUUUGAGAACUUUGGCAUGGCAUUUUUGACACUGUUUCAGGUAUCUACUGGUGACAACUGGAAUGGGAUCAUGAAGGAUACCUUGCGCGAGUGCCCACCGGGUGACACCUACUCCUGUAACGGCAGUCUGCAGUUCAUUUCCCCCAUGUACUUUGUGAGCUUUGUGCUGACAGCUCAGUUCGUGCUCAUCAACGUGGUGGUGGCUGUGCUAAUGAAGCACCUGGAUGACUCGAACAAAGAGGCGCAGGAGGAGGCGGAGAUGGAUGCUGAGAUUGAGCUAGAACUGGCACAGGGAGGGCUCUGCUGCCUGGGUGGACUAGCAGCUGCUGCUGGGCCUGGCAUUGGGGUCGGCACUGGAGGCUGUGGAGGAGGGGGCGGUGAUGGAGAGAGGCCUGGGGCUGAGUGUGGAAACAGACCUGGAGGGAUAAUGGGAGCGCAUGUGCAUGCCGGGCAAAGUGGGUAUACGUCUCCGAGUGUGGGGCCUGAAGCACAUGUCCACAGGAAGCUGUACUCUCCUGCACAGGAGAACUUAUGGCUGGACAGUGUUUCUCUGCUGAUUAAGGAUUCUCUAGAGAGUGAGAUGCAGAUGAUUGAUAACCUGUCAGGAUCUGUGUUCCACCAUUACUCCUCACCUGCAGUCUGCAGAGACUGCAGAUGCCAGCCAGCAGAGAUCCAAUUUGCUGAGGUGGAGCAAGCGUCUCUAAUGUCAGAGCAGCUGUCGGAUAAGUCAUCAUCUCCAGCGCUUCCUGAUGAUCUUAGUCUAGACGACCACAGUGUGUACCAGCUACUGGUUAGAGACAGCAGGGAGGAACAAGGGAGCAAUGAGUCACAGAGCUUAGAGGAACUUCAAGUCACACCAAGUGAAUGCAGGGGGUAUCAUUCCAAAACUAGAGCUCCCAGUCUGGAAAGUGAAAUUAGGGAUGGACUUCCUAAUUCAGGACUUCAGAAGCAGAAUGAAUCUCUUCAGCACUUGCCAUGGCAUUCCAGAAUUGGUGAUGGAAGCAGAAGUAGCAGCAGAAGGGACGAGAGGGCAUGUUCGCCUCUCUUUCAUCUCCCAGCCGAGUUCUUCCACCCAGCCACAGCUGUGCCCCAGGGAGGCCUGGCAUCAGGGGUCCGACAGACAGGGUGGCUCGGUUCCAGACUAACCUCUCCAGCCUCGUGGGCAUCACUUCGCUCUCCUGGAGCCAACUGCAGAGUCAUGGGCUUAAAGCCUCCGUCACAGAGCGAGUCGUCAUUGGCUAUGGGAAGCUCACAAGGUAGUCUGCAGACCAUGCUGGUGAAAGAUAUAGGCUUCAGCAUUUCCCCUCAUCAAGACUUGUCUCUACCCCCAUCUCCACUGUGCCCUCUGCCUAACAAAACCUCCUCGGAUCUUAGUCAGAGUUCACACUCUAACCAGGUCAGCAUCACCCACCAGACCUCCAGGGGGCACCAGAGGAGCCAAAGUAGCUGUGAUGGGAGUCCCAGCCCCAGCAGGCUGGACUCCAUGGAUCCAUCUGACGAGGAUACGGGAACGGCCAGAGGUUCAAGUCAGGCGGUUAACAGCAAACAUUUAUCCGAGACUCUCAGCAGCCUUUCCUUAUCCUCCCUCUCCACGCCUGGUUCACUGGUGCCACCUUUGGCCAAAAAGUGCAACAGCACCGGGAGCUUAGAACAAGGGAAUCUGUCGGAACGAAAUAAAAACAGACAGAAUAUUUUAAACCCCUGGACAACAGAGGAAAAUGAGGAUGAUGGAGAAACAGGGAUUGCAUCAAUGGGAAUCAAAAGCUCCAGCCAAACAAUGGACGCCAGGUCUCGUAAGAACAGAUGAAACUUACUGGCUUUAUUUUUUUCUCAUUCUAAACUCGUCAGAAAGAUGCCCAAACUCCUCUCAGUCCUUCAUUCGUGACACGUCCGUGUUUUGUAUAGCUUUGACGGACAGGUGAGGCAGACGGAAAUUGAAGGUCAGGAAGUCAAGGAACAUGCCAAAGCAUAUCCUAACUUGGUCAUAAGUCAUCUAUAAAGACUUAAACAAAGCUGUCCAUUGUCUUUAGGGCAUUAAAACAAGGAAAAAAAUAAUAAGCCAAAUCCAGUGUAAGAGUAAUCCAGUGUGAAAAUCUAUAGAAUUUAAAACUAAAAGAGUUGCGGUGGAUUUUCUAAUGUGGGAUUUUGAUGUAAAAUGACCAGGUAGCAAUGAUCAAACCUAGCAUUUUAUCUUAGUAAAUCAAAAAAAUAAAAGGGUUGUUUUCUAAUUGUAACCCUCACUAUUAGAUUUGUGUCAAUGUGUAAAAGUGGUAAUAUUGUUUAAAAAAGAGGGCUAAUUUAAUGAAGGUAAUUCAGUAGCUAGAUUUUAUCGAGAAAAUAUUUUGAACUUACUGUACCAUGAGUCAAAACUUGAAAGAAUGUUUAAUUUGUUAGUUGUUGUUUUGGACAGGAAUUCUGAAGCAAUUUUCCACUUCCAGGAAAAGGAAAUGUACUGAAAUGAAACUGUGGAGGGCAGAUUAAAUAAAGAUGUCUCUGAUUGUCCACUUGCUUGAAUGCCAGAAAUAAAAUGGUAUUCUGUU